UAAAUGUAUUUACAGGUAUUUACAAGUUGCUUAAUCGCCGCAGCCCUGCCCGUCGCAAACGCCUUUCGGCAGGACCACUAACGCGGAAAACAGAGAAGUAAGCGUCAGAAAGAGGUGGAAACUACUCGGUAUUUUUAUUCUCGUUCAGAGGAAGAAGAGGAGCAAGAGAGCGCAUUUUUAUUCUCGCUUCACAGAUUCAUUGCAUCGGAUCAGACCAGUUCCGCGUUCCUGAUUGUUUCCUACUCGGGCUUCGCUUUUGGAUUCAUGUGGUCGACUCGGUAGGAUUAGGGUUCCGAGAAAUGGCGCAGGAUUUACCGAUAACGGUCCGCUAAGGGCCGGAAUUUAGGUUUUCUCUUCUUCUUCGUUUUUAUAGUUUCAUUGCUGGGCUGGUACUUAGAUGCUAGCUUCUAUGUUGGAGGAGGAUGCGAUGGAUAGCAUGAAUGAAUGCUAUGAUGAGAUUCCCAUGGAAGGGGAAUACCCGGACAAUCUCUCGAUCAGCUUGGAGAGCCUUUUUAAGAUUUUGGACGAGGAGCCUGCUCCGCCGAUCGGAGAUUCAUUGGGUAUUCCAUCCGGUUCUCAUUCAGAGCAGCUUGUUUGUCAGAGGAAUCUGGAGGCUUUGCAUCCUCGGUGUGAACCCCGGCCAUCUGAGUUGGACCAUCCAAACUCUUUGGAUGAAUCUGCAUUUCAACCUCCUGUUGAGCCAUGGUUUGAACCUCCUGUUGAGCUUAAAAGGACUUCCAAUAGUUUCAAUGGCAUCUUCUUUGGAGAACCUCUUGAUGAGAGAAACCUUCGUUCUUCCAAUCUAGUUGAAUCUAAUGAUUCAUAUGGCGACUCAUUUGGAAAUAUUGUAACUGAGGAUAUGAACUUUAAUAAACUGCAAAAUAAUAGCCCUAAUUGCAGAUUUUCUAAGGGGACUGCCGAUGAAUUUGGUCAUUUUUACCAACAACAAGUUAAUGCCACCAGUGAUACUGUUCUGAUUGGUCUGAAAGACCACCUUGAGACUCAGGAUUGUGAAACUCCAUUACAGAAUGGUUUUAGCAAGUUUUUUACUGAUUCGGAUGCUAUUUCAUCCCCUUGCUUGUUGCAAUCGGGGGAAAGAAGUUUGGCUAAUAUUAUGUUGAGGGAGUAUGGAUCCAUUAGCGAAAGGUGUUCUCACAUGAAUAGAAAUGCUAUAUUAGAUUCUGCAGUGCAAAGUGAAAAUGUUCACAGUAGUUCUGUAGCAUGCAAUUUAGAGAAUCUUGCUUUACAACAGCACUAUAAAUUUAGUUCUAACAUGAAUUCUACAGAAAGAAUCAAAGUUUCUCAUGAUACUAACAAUAGCCCUUUAAUGGCCUCUGGAGACUUACUGGUUAGUGCAGAUGCUGUAUUGAGGCCACGCUUUUCAGAAAAGGUGAGGGGUUUACCACAUGAUCAGGUGGUAAAGUUUUAUGGGAAGAAUGGAGAACAAACUCAAUUUUUUUUCUUCAAAGCUUCAGGCGAGUGCGUUGUGCAGGAACAGUCUCUUCAUAGCUCUCUUCCAGAGUACUCUACUGUAGAGAUGGAUCUUGCUUUAUCUCAGCAGUAUAAAACUAGUUCUGACAUAGAUUCCACAGAAAGAAUCAAACAUUCUCAUGAUGCUAACAGUAGUUCUUUAGCAAGUCCUGGAGACUUCUUGGUUAGUGUGAAAGCUGUAUCAUGUCCGAGUUUGCCGGUUAAAGUGAGGGGCUUACUGCAUCAUAAUGCGACACAGUUUCAUGGGAAAAAUGGAGAAGGAGCUCAGCUUUUUUUGUCCAAAGAUUCGGUGAAUUGCACUUUUCAGGAACAAUCUCCUCAUAGCUCUGUUCUGGAGGACUCUGCUGAAGAUAUGGAUGCGUUGCUGCCUUGCGGCUUGUAUGCUCAACAGUAUAGAUGUGAGGAUAUGGGUAUGAUGACUGAUUCUAGCACAGAUUCUUCACCUUUGCCUUAUAAUCACAAACCUAUGUUACUAAAUCUUGAUGGUUCUUCUACCGAAAGUGUAAGACAAUUAAUUUCUGAUCAUAAAAUGAUCUUACAAAGGAAGGAACAAAAAUAUUUGAUAAAGGACAAAAAACAGUUUCAGAUCUCUCCCACUCAGCAGCAGCAGCAUCAACUUCCCAAAGUUUCCAAGAUUGCCAUUCAGAGCAAACACUCUAGAGAAAUGUCAACCUUAGAUGAGGAUGUUGACCUGUAUAUCCUUGAUGAUAUUAGUGAUCCUGUUCCUCGUGCUCCACCUCCAGUUCUUCUGAAUCUAAAUCAAAUGAAACAGCGAUGUACUUUUAGUAAUUUUCAUGCGGGCCCAGGAAGCUUAAAAUCUAGGCAUGAUGAUGAGAGGUUAACUUUUCAGCUUGCUUUGCAGGGUCUUUCUCAACCGAAGGCUGAAGCUAGCCCACCGGAUGGCGUUUUAGCAGUUCCUCUUUUGAGACAUCAGAGGAUAGCUUUAUCAUGGAUGGUACAAAUGGAGACUGCUGGACUGAAUUGCUCUGGUGGCAUUCUUGCAGAUGACCAGGGAUUAGGGAAAACCGUGUCAACUAUUGCACUUAUUCUCACGGAAAGAUCUCCGUCAUCUGCUUCCUGUUCUGUAACUCAGAAAAAAUGUAAAUUUGAACCUCUGAAUUUGGAUGAUGAGGAUGCUGAUGGUGACCCUGUUUUUGAUGCCAAUGGGAUGAAACAGCUACCAGAUUCUGGCCCUAGCAUGCAUAUCAAGCCAAUGAAGAUUGCCAAUUCUUUUGUGCCUAUCAAGGGAAGGCCUGCUGCUGGGACUUUGGUUGUCUGUCCAACAAGUGUUCUUCGACAAUGGGCUGACGAACUGCAAAACAAGAUUACAAGCAAGGCGAAUUUAUCCUUUCUAGUAUAUCAUGGCACUAAUCGAACAAAAAGCCCUUACGAACUUGCCAAAUUUGAUGUUGUGCUCACCACAUAUGCUAUUGUAAGCAUGGAAGUUCCUAAGAAGCCACUACUUGAUAAAGAUGACAUGGAGGGAGGGAAGCAAGAUGGGUGUGGUAUUUUUGUAGGAAAUUUGGCUAGCAAGAAGAGGAAAGAUUCUCCUAAUGCAAGUUCGAAAACUCCAAAGAAGAAAAUUGCGUCAGGCAAUUCAGAACUUGAAUCUGCCUGGCCUCUUUCAAAAGUUGGAUGGUUUAGAGUAAUACUUGAUGAAGCUCAAAGCAUUAAAAAUCACAGGACUCAGGUUGCUAGGGCUUGCUGGGGACUUCGGGCCAAGAGAAGGUGGUGUUUGUCUGGAACUCCCAUCCAGAAUGCCAUUGAUGAUCUCUAUAGCUAUUUCCGAUUUCUCAGAUAUGAUCCUUAUGCUGCCUAUAAGUCAUUCUGCUCUACAAUAAAAAUCCCAAUCAGCCGGAAUCCGUCCAAUGGGUACAAAAAACUUCAAGCAGUUUUAAAGACUGUAAUGUUGCGACGCACUAAAGGUACACUUCUUGAUGGAAAGCCAGUUAUUACAUUGCCACCAAAGACAGUUGUUUUAAGAAGGGUUGAUUUCUCAGAUAAAGAGCAUGAAUUUUAUUUGGCAUUGGAAGCUGAAUCUCGGGAGCAAUUUAAGGUUUAUGCAGAUGCUGGAACCGUUAAGCAAAAUUAUGUCAACAUUUUGUUGAUGCUUUUGCGGCUUAGGCAAGCUUGCGAUCACCCACUUCUAGUGAAAGGUCACGAUUCAAAUUCUGUUUGGAAGUCAUCCUUGAAUACAGCAAAGAAGCUACCAAAGGAUAAACUAAUGGAUCUUCUAAGCUGUCUUGAAGCUUGUUUAGCAAUCUGCACUAUUUGCAAUGAUCCGCCUGAGAAUGCUGUUGUUUCCAUAUGUGGACAUGUUUUCUGCAACCAGUGCAUUUGUGAGCAUUUAACAGGAGACGAUAACAUUUGUCCCUCAGCAAACUGUCGAGAAAAACUAAGUAGUUGCUCUGUAUUUUCAAUGGACACCUUAAAAAGCUGUCUGUUCGAACAACCAGGGCUUGAUUUUUUCCCUGAUAAUUCAAUUUCUGCGCAGGAUGGGUCUGAAAUUUGUGAAGAAAUCCUCAUCUCUCAUUCUUCUAAGAUAAAGGCCGCCCUUGAGAUUUUGUGCUCUCUUCCUCCAUCCAAAACUUCACCCUCACUUUGUAAAUCUGCUAAACCAUAUAAUGACUCGUCUGUCUUCUCAGAAGAUGCAGCCAGUACAAUUUCAGUGGGUUGUUCAUCUGAUAAUUCUGCUGAGCAACAGUCUAAUCAGCAAACGUCAAAUGUUAAACAAACAGAAAAGGCCAUUGUUUUCUCCCAAUGGACUAGAAUGUUGGAUUUGAUGGAGGUUUCCUUAAAAGAUUCCCAUAUAUUGUAUAGGAGACUUGAUGGAACAAUGUCUAUUGCAGCUAGAGAGAAAGCUAUAAAAGAUUUUAACAUGCUUCCAGAGGUAACUGUCAUUAUUAUGUCACUGAAAGCUGCAAGUCUGGGUUUGAACAUGGUAGCAGCUUGUCAUGUUAUUCUUCUAGAUUUAUGGUGGAACCCUACAACCGAAGAUCAGGCAGUUGAUAGGGCACACCGUAUUGGACAGACGAGGCCUGUAACAGUUUCUCGGUUGACUGUGAAUAACACUGUUGAAGAUCGUAUAUUGGCUCUACAGGAGAAGAAGCGAAAGAUGGUUGCGUAUGCUUUUGGAGAAGACCAAUUUGGAAGCAGGCAGACCCGUCUAACCGUGGAGGAUCUGAAGUAUCUGUUCAUGGCGUAACACCACAUUGUCUACACAAGGUUUGAUCUUUUUAACUUGCUGAGCAGUCUAUCAUUGAGAUAGUUGCUUUAACCCAAGGAUUAUUUAUUCUCAAUGCCUCGGAGCUCUUUUUUUGGUCCCCAAGUAGCUCCUCCGUAGGCUGUUCAUAAAAGUAGAUAGAUAUAGGUUUUAGUCAAAAAUAUCAUGCAAUAGGUUAUUCUAUUUCAAUUAAAAUACAUGUAAAAAGCCCUUCUGCAAAGUCUGCGGAGAGUCUCCCCCCGAAUUACCAUCUCCCAUUAUUUGAUUUGUAUUCUGAUUUGGUUUUGAUAGCUGGCUGGAAGGAUAUAGGAGAAAAUUGCAUGUUCAAUUCAAUUAGACCAUUGAUACAUAUUCUUUGUAUAUAUUAGAUAUAAUAAUAUUUCAACU